GUUAAAUAAUCUUUCCAUAAUCAUACUUAGAGAUAAUAUUAGAAUGAGUAAGCCAAAUGAGUUAAUGAGUUACGUUCGGCCUCUCUCUUAUUUUAUGUUUUUUGGUAUUAUUUUAAAGGCGAGCCUUCAUUUUCGAUAAGUUUUAAAGAAAACAACAGCGUAAAAUUAAUCUUAUUCUCCGUCGUUCCAAGUUCGAUCGAGUUGGAAGUGUGUUUGUAACGGGGGGACGAGGCUGACGGAAAACUAGUUUUCGCGUCGAAUUUUCUUCAUCGACCGAUGGCUAACUCCUUGCAGCGAAUCUGGAGCCACGGACGUGCUCUUCGGAGCACAGUGGCUCCUCUUUCCAGGUCAUUCUCCACCGAUUCUUUGGUUCAAGUCAAGCCCGGCGAGAUCGGUAUGGUUUCUGGAAUUCCAGAGGAACAUCUUACCAGAAGGGUUGUAAUUUACUCUCCUGCUAGAACUGCAUCCCAACAAGGAUCAGGCAAGGUUGGCAAGUGGAAAAUCAAUUUUGUGUCAACACAAAAGUGGGAGAACCCAUUGAUGGGGUGGACUUCUACUGGGGAUCCCUAUGCCAAUGUAGGGGAUUCUGCACUGUCUUUUGAUAGUGAAGAAGCUGCAAAGGCAUUCGCUGAGAAACAUGGAUGGGAAUAUGUGGUUAAGAAGCGCCACACACCACUUUUGAAGGCGAAGGCGUACGCAGACAAUUUCAAAUGGAAGGGCCCUCCUGCUGAAGCCAAGGAGGCUUAGACCUUGUUUGACACUCCUUUCUUAUCUAAUUGGAGGCUAAACAGACUGGAGGGUUUGCGUAGUCAAUUUCGUUGCUUAUUUUUGAGGAAGUUGGUUGUAAUAAGUGAGAACCGUGGUGUAUACUCACUUGACCUUGUAACUUUUGUUCUCUCUUUACGUUACCAUCGAAUGAAAAGUCUCAAGAAACAGACGAGCAUAGGAAUUGAUAAGUUAACUGUUUUGUGCAAUGAAUGAAAUUUUUUAGUAAA